AUGGGUGCCUACAAAUACUUGGAAGAGUUGCAAAAGAAGAAGCAAUCUGACGUCUCUAGAUUCUUGUUGAGAGUCAGAUGUUGGGAGUACAGACAGAGAAACGUCAUCCACAGAGCCUCUAGACCAUCUAGACCAGACAAGGCUAGAAGAUUGGGUUACAAGGCCAAGCAAGGUUUCGUCAUCUUCCGUGUCAGAGUCAGAAGAGGUGGUAGAAAGAGACCUGUUCCAAAGGGUGCUACUUACGGUAAGCCAACCAACCAGGGUGUUAAGCAAUUGAAGUACCAAAGAUCCUUGAGAGUUACUGCUGAGGAGAGAGUUGGUAGAAGAGCUUCUAACUUGCGUGUCUUGAACUCUUACUGGGUUAACCAGGACUCCACCUACAAGUACUUCGAGGUCAUCUUGGUCGACCCAUCCCACGUCGCCAUCAGAAGAGACCCAAGAUACAACUGGAUCGUCAACCCUGUCCACAAGCACAGAGAGAACAGAGGUCUUACCUCUGCUGGUAAGCAAUCCAGAGGUAUCAAGAGAGGUCACUUGUACACCAAGACCAAGGCUGGUCGUCGUCACACUUGGAAGAAGCACAACACUUUGUCCUUGUGGAGAUACAGACACUAA